AUGCCAAAGUUCCUGGAACGCGUUUGGGAAUCGCUGGGAAUGGGCAAUGUGGAGAACAAGAAGGAUAAAGUCUAUACAAUAACAGAGGAGGAAUUUGAAGAGCCGAUCCGAGAUGAUUAUGUGCAAUCGAUAUCGCGGCUUUCAUAUGCUGAGCUCGACGACAAAUACAAUCCAGGGCCAACAUUGCCUGACGGAAGUAUCAACUUCGAGUGCCACUGUGUUGGACAUUUGGUAGCAAGUCCAUGUGGUCAUGAGUUUCGUGAGGCGCUCAAAUGUCAGAAGGGUGCCGGAGAAACAGAACUGGAUGAGGGUGCUUGCGCUGAAGAGUUCAUGAAUUUCAUGAAAUGCGUCAUCAGGACAGAGUGCUUCAAAAGUAGACGUACUGGUGAAGGUGAUGGUGAUGAAAAACAGAAAAGUGAACAUGAAAUCACCGAGGUCCCAAAAAAAUCAACAUCUUCAGAAGAACCUGCCAAACAAACCGAUAGGGCCACCUAG